AUGGCAAAUGCUGAUAUUGAGAAUCCUUCCACAGUUGGCUCAUCAGCCCAAGUGGAGGCCAAGUUGUACACACCUCCUAACCCCCAUCAAGUGUUGAGAAUUGCAUUGAACUUGAAGUCAUUGCUUGACAGCAUUAUUCCCAAUGCUGUUCCAAUAUCUUCUUUGCUGAAUAUCUUAACACCACGAAUUGUUGAUCUCGCCUUGCAAGCUUGCGGUGGUAAAGGAAAUGGCGAAAUUGGCACCUCUUCCAGAAAAUAUAGAGGCUGUGUUAUUUACUGUUUGAUUAUUGUGAGUACUUGGUAUGAUAAGUUGUCGCAAAUGAAUUUACAUGAAAGUGACCUCUACCAGUGCAGAUCUGCUGCCAGUGAACAUUUGGCCAAAUUGAUCAUCGAGAGUCACAACCUGAAAGAUCAAAACUUUUUGUUCAUUCAAAUGUUAUGCCGUCGGUACACUAUUGUAUUGAAUGAGGAAGUUACUUCUCCUACUAGUGCCUUGGAGUUGGCUGUGGACAAGCAUUCCAUUGUGAUAAUCAGCUCAUCUGGAUAUCAAAGAUGUAUGAAAUGGUUGUGGAGAGGUUGGAUUAUCCAAGCCAGAAGUGAUCCUCAAACUUACAUCAUGUACAAGGACGUUAACAAUUCAAGAUUUUUGAGCCAUUUCAACCCGAAUAGAAUUAAGUCUCCACAAUUUCAAAACAUUAUGGAGAUUAUGGUUUCUAUUGUUUAUUUGAUCUUAUUCACAUACCUUAUCAACAAUCACGAUAAAAAACCAGAUGGUGCCGAAAUUAUUUUUUACUUGUUCACCAUCAGUUUUUCUAUCGAUGAAAUGGUGAAGUUUUAUCAUAUUGGUUCCAGCUAUUUCACUAGUUUCUCUAGUUGUUUCAACGACACCAUGUAUAGUCUUAUUAUUAUAUCCUUUUUGGUAAAGUUGUUUGCAAUCCAUCACAAGUCGGAAUACUACAACGAAGUUUCCUAUAAAAUAUUGUCCUGUGUGUCUCCUCUUAUGUGGUCCAGAUUGUUGUUCUAUUUGGACUCUCAGAAAUUCAUUGGUGCUAUGAUUGUGGUUAUUCAAAAGAUGAUGAAAGAAUCCAUUUUGUUCUUUACCCUUUUAUUCAUUAUCAUCAUUGGGUUUUUACAAGGUUUCAUUGGUAUGGACACUGCUGAUGGUAAAAGAGAUGAGUCUUAUAUGCUAUUUCAUUUGAUGGUCAAAACUGUCAUUGGUGGAGUUGAUUUCGGGGCAUUUGAAAAAUUGGCCCCACCAUAUUCUGGUAUUUUGUACUACGCCUUUGUUUUUAUUAUCACUGUGAUUUUGUUGAACAUUUUGGGUGCUUUGUUCAAUAGUUCCUAUUCUUUAAUCGUUGCCCGUUCUACCGAUGAGUACUUGGCCUUAAACUCUGCAAAGACUUUGAAGUAUAUCAGAUCACCAGAUUUAGAUUUGUUUAUUCCACCAUUCAACUUAUUCGAAAUUCUUUUCUUGACUUUGCCAUUGAGCUGGUGGGUCCCAAGAUAUUAUUUCAAAAAGAUUAAUUAUUAUUUGUUAACUGUUCUUUAUCUUCCAUUUUUGGUUGUUAUUGCCAUUCACGAAGUGAAAGUUUCUAAAAGAGUGCAAUAUAACAGAUUCAAAAACUUGCCUGAUGAUGCAAAUGAGAUUGAUACAGAAUGGGACUUGACAGAUGGUUUCCAAGACGAUGCGAUUAUUGAUCUCAAUAAUAGCAACUCCGAGGGCUCUACUUCUCUUCAAAAUAAUCAAAGUUUGGUUAACUCAGCCUUACUGGUUCAAAGAGCAUUCGAAAGACAAGACCCAGAAUUCUUAGUUGAUAUUAAUAAAUUCAAUAGGAAGGUCAAAGAUAUUGCUCCUCCAAUUCAAGAAAGUAAUGAAUUGGGAAUCUCUUGGGAAGUCUAUCAAUUGCAUUCUAAGAUUGAUAAAUUGACAGACUUGGUCAAUAAUUUGUACACAGAGAACCAAGAAAUAAAGAAAAAAUUGAAUUGA